AGGUGGAGUAUUUUCGCAUUUUUUUUAUAUUUUUCCCUCUUGAAAAUAAACCUCUCCAAAUCCCUUUUCUCUCUCCAUCUCUCUCUCGAUCUCUUGUACCUUUUCUGUUUUUGUAUUAAUGGCUGCUCAAAAUUCCGGUGGGAAAAUCUUCAAUUGAUUCUAGUUUUCGUUUCAAUUGAUGCGCACAAUCACAUAAGGUGACAGUACUACAACAAAUUUGUUCGGAGAACGACGGCAAUGGACGGUGGAGGUCGUGGUGGUGUUUACAAUCCAAGGACUGUUGAAGAAGUUUAUAGAGAUUACCAAGGCCGUCGUAACGGCUUGAUAAAAGCCCUCACAACCGAUGUUGAACGAUUUUAUCGGCAGUGCGAUCCUGAGAAAGAAAACCUUUGUCUAUAUGGAUUCCCUAGUGAGCAAUGGGAGGUUAACUUACCAGCAGAGGAGGUGCCUCCAGAACUCCCCGAACCUGCAUUAGGUAUUAACUUCGCUCGAGAUGGGAUGCCAGAAAGUGACUGGUUAUCUCUGGUUGCUGUCCACAGUGAUGCAUGGUUACUUUCUGUGGCAUAUUAUUUUGGUGCCAGAUUUGGUUUUGACAAAUCAGACAGGAAGCGUCUCUUUAAUAUGAUAAAUGAUCUCCCGACAGUCUUUGAGGUUGUGGCUGGAUAUGCGAAGAAACAGACGACAGAGAAGUCCUCAAUCUCUAAUCACAGCAGCAGUAAAUCGAAGUCCAACACGAAAGGGAGAGGAUCUGAAUCCCAGAUGAAAUAUGCAAAGAUGCAAGGAAAGGAGGAGGACGAUGAAAUGGAGGAUGAAGACGAGGAUGAGCAUGGGGAUACGUUGUGUGGAGCUUGUGGAGAGAACUACGCUUCGGAUGAGUUCUGGAUCUGCUGCGAUAUAUGUGAACGGUGGUUUCAUGGAAAGUGCGUGAAGAUUACACCUGCAAGGGCUGAACACAUCAAACAGUACAAAUGUCCGUCUUGUAGCAGCAAUAAACGAGCACGCCCAUGAGGCUAUUGUAAGCGGUUCGUUCUAGCUAACUUCUAAGCAUCUUAACCAUGCCUUUGAUAUAUGAUUUUGGAGGAUCUUACUUUAUCCAUUCAGACCUAAAUGUAGAGUUUUUACUUCUUGUGUUUACAACUGUUAUUUUUGAUUAA